AUGGAUACUGCCAUUGCCGAGUUUCUCGCCAGAACGGCCAGUGAAGAGGUCGUUGAUGUCGAAGAAGAGGCCUUUUACCUAUUCAGCCAAGAAAUCUCGACCCCCAAUCUAGGGUUCGUAGACUCGCGCGCUCCGACCCUGGACGUACAAAUCGGUGGCAACGAGUAUACAGUUCACCAAUCGCCGAGUCUACUAAGCUCAUCUCGUGCCGGAGGUACUACUGGUGCCGGUCACCCUAGCAACCCUCUCUGGAUGCAUUCUCUUCUCUCCGAACAUUCGGUCGUCGCCGAACUAGGCUGCGGCAUCUCCGCACUCGUCGCCCUCGCCCUCUCCCCUUCUGUACAUCACUACCUCGCCACAGAUCAGGAAUACGUCCGACGGCUCUUCCGAACCAACAUCGAAGCUAACAGCUCCGUCUCACGAGUCACCCCAGCAGCAGCAGGCAAGUCCAAAGGCUCCAAACCCAAACACAGCGGCAAACCACCUCCAAAGGGGAAACCCAUUGCUCAGCCCUCAGCCAGUAAUAUCACAUUCACCACGUUAGACUGGGAGCACGAUCAGCCAGCGCGGUUGAAAGCGUGUAUUCGCUCCGAGUCCACGGGUCGUGGUGUCUCGGCCCGAGAUGAAAGAGAAAAAGUUGGCGACGACGAAGAUCUCGGCUUCGACCUUCUGCUUUCAUGUGACUGUGUGUACAACGAUGCGCUUGUUGCCCCCUUUGUGCGUACUUGUGCGGAGAUCUGCCGUCUGCGGCCGUGUUUCGAUUCUUGGGGGAGUCGAGGGCCGCAGGCGGCCGGUCGACCGACGGUUUGCAUCGUCGCGCAGCAGCAGCGAGCGCCGGAUGUGUUUGAGACAUGGUUGCGAGAGACAUUACGCGAGUUUCGGGUGUGGAGGCUGAGUGAUGAAGUGCUGGGUGAUAGACUGAAGGGAGGGACGGGGUAUCUGGUUCAUUUGCUGCUUGCCAGAGCAGACAAUUGA